GGAUGCAGAAAUGGAGACUUGUGGCAAAAAUGCAGUACUCAUACUGCAGAAGAUCUGGGUCCCUGGUGGAGAGUAGACUUGUUGGCUGUCUAUAAAGUCAGUGCUGUCACCAUCAUCAACAGACAGGAUGAUUUUAUAGAAAGGAUUCUUGGGGCACAGAUCCUGAUUGGGAACUCGCUUGAGCAAAAUGGCAACCAAAACCCCAGAUCAUACCAGGAAUUAAGAGAUAUAUGACCCUGUGUGAAGUGGAGGUGUUUGCUUCUCUAUGUGUGCCAGACGUUGUCAUUCCUCCACCUCCUCCCACACCUCCUCCGCCUGUGAGUUUGCAGCUUGGUGGCAGGAACGUGACGGUGGUGGGAGAGAGGCUCUGCUGGUCUGAUGCUCUGAUGUACUGUAGACGUUAUUACUGGGACCUGCUCAGCCUUCACAGCCAACAGGAGCAAAGCGAGUUGGAGCAGCUGCUGGGCCUCAUUCCUUUCUCCCUCACAGACCACGUCUGGCUGGGACUGCGCAGAUCCCUCAGAGGAGACGAGUGGUUCUGGAUGUCUGGAUAUUCCAUGAAUUUCUUAAAUUGGCCACAAGAUUUUGUUCCUGACAGCUACUCCAGCACCUGUGGAGGCGUGGCCAGCACGGAUCACUUCCUCUGGCUGGACCAGCCCUGUGAGGAGAACCUCAACUUCAUCUGCCAAUCAGGUGCUGACGAUGGCGUGCAGAGAGUUUAUUUCUCCAGCACCAAGGAUCCAACAAGUCCAUAG